AUGAAGGUGCACCUGUUUGGGGCUGCAUCCUCUCCAGGAUGUGCUAACUAUGGCUUUAGGUCUUUAGCUAAAAAGUAUGAGGCUCAGUACCCUCAAGCAUCUAAAUUUGUCUGUCAAAACUUCUAUGUGGAUGAUGGGGUAACAUGUGUUCCAAGUGUAGAUGAGGCUACAAAACUUGUGAAGGAAACUACAGAACUGUGUUGUAAAGGUGGAUUAAGAUUACACAAAUUCAUUUCUAAUGACAGGAGUGUGAUGGAGAAUAUUCCUAUUUCCGAAUGUGCAUCUAAAGUUAAAGAAGUUGAUAUUUCUGCCAAUGCACUACCUGUUGAAGCAGUACUUGGUCUUCAAUGGUCCUUAGAAGAGGAUAUGCUUACCUUCUCACAAUCCUAUUUACAGCAUCCAGCAACCUGCAGAGGCAUCCUAUCAGCUGUUGCAUCUCUGUUUGACCCCUUGGUACUUAUUGCACCAUAUAUCUUGAAAGGAAAGAGAAUUCUGCAAGAGAUGUGUCGUCGUAGAGAGGGAUGGGAUGACCCGCUGCCUUGCGAGCUGAAUUCAGAAUGGGAGACAUGGAAGAAGGAUCAAGAAGGUUUGCAUCAAUUCAGAAUUCCUCGAUGCUACCAUCCACCAGGAUUUAAUGUUGCACAAGUUGAACUUCACCACUUUUCAGAUGCUAGUACCAUGGGAUAUGGUCAGUGCUCCUAUUUGCGUCUCAUUUCAUUAGAUGGAAAAAUUCAUUGUUGCUUAGUGACAGGAAAAUCUAGAGUAACUCCAACAAAGGUACUACUAUUCCACGCCUUGAGCUUACAGCAGCUGUUGUGUCAGUUAAAUCGAAGAUUUAUGCAAUUCAAUGUGGUUAACAGGCCCAGCAUUUCUCUGGAGCAUGCAGAUUCCGAGCAAGAGAAUAUUGAUACUAACUUAGCUGUUGGAGAUCCAGAAGUAAGAUCUACUCAAGUCCUUGCAGUUAAUGCCUGCAUAUCACCCAGUGUUAUUGAACGUCUUUCAAGAUUUAGCCGUUGGUCCCUUGUUGUCAGAGCUAUUGCUCACCUUAAAAGACUUGCUUCAAGUGUGAAAGGUGAACACCUUUCUACAGUUGCUGAACGAAGGAAUGCUGAGAUAUUUAUAAUUAAAGAGGUUCCGAAGACUGUAUUUGCUAAAGAAGUUCAAGGCGUAUGUACAAAGUCUAGCAGCCUUCAGGCACUCAGUCCUUAUGUUGAUAACCAGGGUGUCCUUAGGGUGGGACGACGACUUGAAGGUUCUACGUUACCAGAAGAAAUUAAACAUCCUGCUAUUAUUCUAAAGAAUCAUGCCUUGACAAGAUUAAUCAUUGGUCAUUUACAUGAAAAGGUCAAGCACCAGGGAAGAGGUAUGACGAUUAAUGAGAUCCGCUCUCAUGGUCUUUGGAUAGUUGGUAUGAGUAAAGCUGUUGCUUCCUAUAUUUAUAAGUGUGCAACAUGUAGGAAGAGCAGACGGCCAGUUGAGGAACAGAAAAUGGCAAACUUACCUGAAGAUCAAAUAGAAGAUGCACCUCCUUUCACCUUCAGUGGUAUGGAUUGUUUUGGACCCUUCCUUAUUAAGGAAAGACGUAAGUGUUAUGGAGUUUUAUUCACAUGUAUGGCUUCAAGAGCUGUUCACAUUGAGAUGUUAGACGAUAUGUCUACUGAUGCUUUCAUUAAUGCUCUUAGGUGUUUUCUUGCUUUACGAGGUCGUGUUCAAGCCUUGUGCUCAGAUCAGGGUACUAACUUUCUGGGAGCAAAGAAUGAGUUUGAAAGGGGAAUGAAGGAGCUAGAUGUAGCACGCCUCAAAGCCUUUAUGUCUGAUCACCAGUGUGAAUUUGUUAUGAAUGUUCCACACUCUAGUCAUACUGGAGGAGUGUGGGAGAGGCAAAUAAGGACUGCAAGGAGUAUUUUACCCUCCUUGAUGAAUGAGGCCAAGGGCCGAUUAGACUCUUCAUCCUUUCGUACACUUCUUUAUGAAGUGAUGCAUAUAAUGAAUAGCCGACUCUAA